GAGAGAGAGAGGGAGAGAGAGAGGAGAGAGGGGAGAGGAAGAGAGAGGGGAGAGAAGAGGGGAGAGAGAGAGGAGAGAGAAGAGGAGAGAGAGAGAGGGAAAGAGAGAGGAAAAGAGAGAGAGAAGAGAAGAGAAGAGAGAGAGAGACGGGAGAGAGAGAUAGAGAGGAGAGGAGAGAGAAGAAAGAAACCCUCGGGAGACUUUUCCACAAAAAAAACCUCAGAGACUUCCCUCACGGGAAACCCUCAAAACCCUUCUAAACCAAAAACCCCCUCAAGUACUCACAAAACCUCAGAGCCCACUCAGAAACCCUCAGAGCCCCAAAACAGAAACGCUCAGAGACACCCCUCACAAAAAACCCUCACAGACACUCUCACAGAAAACCCUCACAGACACCCCAAAAAACCCCUCAAGAUAUUUCCCACAGAACCUCAGAGCCCACUCUCACAGAAACCCAAAACAGAUACUCACAGAAUCCCCAGGGGACUCUCAAAAAACCCUCAGAAAACACUCACAAAACCCAAACCAGAGACUCUCACAAAAAACCCCUCAGAGCCCACUCACAAAAACCCACCAGAGACACUCACAAAACCCCUCAGAACCCCACAGAAACCCUCAGAAAACCUCUCACAGAAACUCAACAACCCCUCUCACGAAACCCCCCAGAACAAUCCCCACAGAAACCCCUCAGAGACACUUCACAAAAAAACCCUCAGGGUCACUCCCCACAGAAACCCUCAGAGACACUCUCACAGAAACCCUCAGAGACACUCACAGAAACCCUCAGAGUCACCCCCCCCAAAAAACCCUCAGAGACACCCCUCACAAAAACCCUCAGAGAAAAUCUCACGGGAAACCCUCAGGGGGACACAGAAACCCUCGAACACUCUCACAAAAACCCCUCAGAGCCCCCUCAAAAAACCCCCCAGAGCCCACUCUACAAAAAACCCCUCAAGACACUCACAAAAACCCUCAGAAACACUCUCACAGAAACCCUCAAGACAACCCUCAGAGACAUCAAAAAAACCCUCGAAAACACCCCGCCCUUCCACGGGGAAACCCCCUCAGAGACACCUCACAAAAAACCCCCAGAGCCCGUCCCCACAAAAAACCCUCAGGGACCUCUCACAGAAACCCUCAGAAAAACACUUAAAAAGAAACCCUAACAAGACCUCUUACGGGAAACCCUCAGAGACAGUCUCACAAAAACCCUCGAGAAAACUCUCAAAAGAAACCCUCAGAGAAACCCUCAAGACACUCUCACAAAAAACCCUCAAGUCCUCUCACAAAAACCCCUCAGAGACCCUCACAGAAACCCCAGAGACACUCUCACAGAAACCCUCAGAUUAUCUAAAGAACCCUCAAAGACACUCUCAAGAAAAACCCUCAGAACAUCUCACAGAAACUAACAGACACUCUCACAGCCCCCUCAAAAGACACUCUCACAAAAACCCCUCAAGCCCCUCCCCACAGAAUCCCUCAGAGAGACCUCCAGACACCCUCAGGGGACCUCACAGACAUUCUCACGGGAAACCCUCAAGAAAACUAACAAAACCCCCAGAGACAUUUCUCACAAAAAAACCCUCACAGACACUCACAGAAACCCUGACGCCCCAUCACCAGCAGUAG